GGCAUUAUGGUCAGUUGACGCAGAUCGAUAAAGAAACAGGGGACAAAAGCCACCGUCGCGUUCCCAAGUCUCACGUUGUCCACCCAGCCUUCAGCCGCCGUCGCCGGCGCUAACCCACUCGCUUCAGUGCCACCCCCGCGGCUCCACGGUCAAGUCCUGCCUCUUACCGCGGGCCAGUCGCUGCCCUCUUUGCCUACGAGUCGUCGAUCAGGUGUAAAAAAUGGCAUGCGGUGGAGCUGUUGUCCAAGUGCCCAACCUUGGCUUUGGUUCACAAAAAAAGUUCUACCUUCAGAGAUACAAAAUGACACAGAAGUAUUCACCCAGAUACCGAAGUAUUCGAGCAGUACAGGAAAAUGAGGGCCCACGAAGACUAAUUGACAUCAUUCGCCUCAUCCCAGAUGCCUCAAGGAAUUACUUCAGAAGCCGUCCUCGCAGAGCACUUUUUGGUGGUAUCUCAUUGUUGGGUGGCUUUUAUGUUGCACAAACAAUUUCUCUGUCAUUUGGUGCUUUGGGUGUGAAUGAUGUAAUUGCUGCAGUGGUAUGUGUUCUUCUUACUGAGUAUGUGACCAGAUUUUACUACAGUCGGCCCAAAGUAACCUUUCCUAUUGCGCUACUAAACAAUUUCAAGAUGGGAUUCACAUAUGGGCUUUUCAUUGAUGCUUUCAAGCUUGCUAGUUAAGAUGGAAUUCCCAAAUAGAAGCCUAAUUCUCAUUCAUUCAGUAUGUAAGCCUUGCUUAAUGUUAAAAGGUUUCGAUUCAGUAUGGAGCUUGGAAGUGCAGAAGGAUGUAGGCAGCUAGUGUUGCUUCUAUUUCAUGGCUAUUGUAUAUGCAAUGGGCAUUCUCAUAUAUUUAUACAUAUCUGGUUCCUUGUCUUGGAAA